AUGACUAGCGAAAUUCACGUUUUUGCUGGUGAGGAAAAUGGUGCACAAAAGGCAUGGGAUAAAGCAGUUUCCGAAGGCACAGAUGGAAAAGUAGUGUUCCAAGAGAAGGAAUUGACUGGGAAGGUUCUCGAAGGAGAGGAUGAGGAAAAGUACUGGAGCGCCUUCAACGCAAGUAAACAAAACAAACUGGAUAGAUCGAGUGGCCGGCGUGGCGGACGAGGGGGACGCGGGCGAGGUGGGCAUGGAGGGCCUCGCGGGCAGAAACGCCCGGCUGAAGAAGGAGAUGCUCCAAAAAGCAAAAAAAUUAUCUUCGAUGAUGACGGCAAGCCCACUGGUGAUGCACCUGCUGAAGCGAAAGCUGCUGAAUCCUAG